AUGGUUCUGGGGCUUAGAACCGAGGAGCAUUUCCUCACUGGACGAGUUGGUAGACAGGCUCCCGGCGAGUCACUGCGCUCGUAUGUGCAGAGGUUCAAUGAGGAAAAUGUGCAGAUACUUGAUCAAAAUGAGCAGGUAGACCAAGGAAUUCGAAGUGAGGAUCUAAAUCGCAUGAAGCGGGAAGCCCAAGCAGCCCGUACUGGACAAGAGUCCCGGAGGCAAAAAGAAAUCGGCCAACUCGAACAAGGCCCCAGCGGCUCGUCGAAUCAAUUUCGCGAUCGCCGGAGUGUCUUUGACAGAAUCGUGAAAGGGAGGUCGUCCACCUCGGACGCCGAGCUGACACCACUCAAUUCCAGUCGGUCUCAUAUCCUGGCUGUAAUGAGGCAGAAUCACCUCGGCCGAGCCCCUCCUGAAAUUUUGGGAACGAGAGAGAAGAGAAACUCCAGUCUCUAUUGUGCCUACCACCGAGAUGUUGGGCACGAGACCGAAGACUGCAACGAUUUGAAGAGGGAGAUCGAGAACCUGAUCAGACAGGGAUACUUGAAGCAAUUCGUCCGCAAGGAUGGAGGUUUCAACCGAAAUGCCUCCCACCGAGAUAACCGGGGCCCUUGCCGAGAGGACAUGCGGGGCACAAAGAGUCACUGUCGUGGACCCGAGGACCAUAGGGAGGACCAGCGGCCUUCGCCAGACGGGUCCCCGGGCUAUGACCCUAACAUCGCCGGGGUGAUCAAUACAAUCGCGGGUGGCCCGACGGGAGGAGACAGAUAG